CCUGCCUAAGUCCAUGAAAGCAGUUGGUCUUUACACAAACUUACCGAUUGUAGAUGCAGACAGCCUUUUGAAUUUGGAGCUACCUCUUCCGAUUUUGAGAUGUAAAGACGUUCUAGUGGAAGUGAAAGCAAUAUCUGUCAAUGGCAUUGAUACGAAGCAGAGAGCCAAACAAGUGCCUCCCACGUUUGAGCUCCCUCGGGUUUUGGGCUCAGAUGGCGCUGGCAUCAUCGUUGCUAAAGGCGAAGAAUGUAAGUUUCUUAACGUUGGCGAUGAAGUGUUCUUCAUAGCUGAUUUGCGAAGGAACGGACCUAACGCUCAGUAUGUUGCGAUCGAUGAAAUGAUGGUCGGAUUAAAACCGAAGAACAUAUCAUUUGAAGGAGCGGCUGCCAUGCCGUGGACUGGUGUCACCGCUUACGAAUCUUUAUAUGAUCGGUUGAUGAUCUCUGAAAAGGAUAAAGGGAAAACUCUAUUGAUAAUCAACAGCGGUGGAGGAGUCUGCUCUGUGGCGUCUCAGUUAGCUAAGAACCUUGGGCUAAAGGUCAUAGGCACCGCUGCCCGAGCAGAAACUGAAUAUUUCAGCCUUCAAAAUGGCGCAGAUAUUGUUCUGAAUCACACUAAAGAUUUACUUCCCCAAUUGAAAGCACAAGGACAUAACAACGGGGUAGAUUUUAUAUUGGUGAACUACAAUCCUCAUCCCUAUUGGGACACUUUGAUGGCGGUUGCUAAGCCGCAAGGUAGAAUUUGCUUCCUUUGCGACAGCAGUGGUUUAGUUGACAUAAAACCACUUAAAGAAAAAAAGCCUUAUGCUAGUCGCUGAGAUGAUGGCAACUAGAAUUAAAUAUGAUACUGAAGAUAAAUAUAGAUAUCGAGAAAUACUGGAGGAUAUAAGCAAGAUGCUUGAAACAGGUAAAUUGAAUUCAACACUGACUAAGACCAUGUCACCUAUAAAUGCU